AUGGACAUCCUCCGCAACCUCUUCGUCGGCAUCGUCCAGCGCGGCCAGACUGCCGUCCAGUCGCUCCUUGGCCGCGACCGUGCCGACGCCCUCCGCCGCUGGUUUGCCGCGACCUCCCGCGACCAGCCCCUGCUCUUUGGCCUCGUCGUGACCUGGCUCGCCUUCUGCGCUGUGCCGCUGGCCGCGUUUGUGGGCUAUGUGGCCCUGUGGGCGGUGGUCGCGUUCAGCGUCUUCUGGGCCAUCUUCCUCUUCUGGUCCGGCGUCGGGCUGCUGUUCCUGGUGCCCGCGCUCUGCGCGGCGACGGGCUUCAGCGUCGUCGUCUUUGUGUGGGCGGCGACGACAUACGUUGUGGGCGCGCGGGUGCUGGCAGCAGCGGGUUUUGACGUGCCCUCUCUGUUUGGUCUUGGUGGCAGUGGAGCCAAUGGCAGCAGCAGCAGCAGCAGCAGCAGCAGCAGCAGCAGCGGCAGCAAGGGCGCCUCAUAUGGCAAGGUGUCGUCUUCGUGGUCUUCGUCGUACGACAAGCCGUCGUCGCAGCCAGACAAGCCGCCGUCGUACGCGCUGCACCCCGUCUCGGCGACCAAGACGUUUGAUCCCAAGGAGUACAGCGACUUUCUGAGCACUGGCCUCGACAAGCCCACGCCGGUCGAGUCGUUGCAGGCGACACCCACCUCGACGAAGUAG